AUGGUGCCUGCUCAGCGGGUCUGGUCGCCGGUACGCAGUCUUGGUCCAGGUUAUCCUGCGCCGGCUCUGCGUGCUGUGUCUCCGGGGCGCUGGGAGGGUGCAGUGCGUCCUCUGCCUGCGCUCCGCUCGUACCGGGCAACUGUGGGAGUGGAGCCUAGGGGAGAGGUGCGUGUAGUAAGCACUAGAUCUCCCGUGCUUACCCACAGCCCGGUUCAACCUGUGCCUGCACUCUGGAGGGUCCGGGCUAGAGUAGUUGUCCAGCCUGGGGAAGUGGUGCCAAGGUUGCGCACCAGAGCUCCAGUGCUCCCUCACAGCCCGGUCUUUCAGGCUCCUCCUAACACCAAGCCUCCUGAAGGUCUCCCCAGCCUGGUGGUUCCUGUGGCAGCCCCACGCACCAGGCUGUCUCUCAGUCUCCUCCCUGCAGGUGCUCCCGCCUGUCCGGCGCCGCUGCCGGAGCGUCCCGCCUGUCCGGCGCCACUGCCGGAGCCUCCCGCCUGUCCGGCGCCGCUGCCGGAGCCUCCCGCCUGUCCGGCGCCGCUGCCGUAGCCUCCCGCCUGUCCGGCGCCGCUGCCGGAGCCCCUCAGCCCAGAGGCGCCAGAGCCCCUCAGCCCAGAGGCGCCAGAGCCCCUCAGCCCAGAGGCGCCAGAGCCCCUCAGCCCAGAGGCGCCAGAGCCCCUCAGCCCAGAGGCGCCAGAGCCCCUCAGCCCAGAGGCGCCAGAGCCCCUGCCCCUCUGUCCAGAGCUUCUGCCCCUCUGUCCCGAGCUGCCCCUCUGUCCAGUGGGGUCAUUGAGAGGGGUUGCCAUGGUGAGAAAGCCACGGAGGCGGACAAUAAAGCGGACUAAGACAAUGGUGAAGUGGGGUCCGCGUCCCGCGCCAGAACCGCCACCGCGGACAGACGCCCACCCAGACCCUCCCCUAUAGGUCAAGGUUUUGCGGCCGGAGUCCGCACCUUUGGGGGGGGGGGUACUGUCACGUUCUGACCUUUAUUUUCUGUGUUUUGUAUUUAGUUAGUAUGGUCAGGGCGUGAGUUGGGUGGGCAGUCUAUGUUUGUUUGUCUAGGUUUUGGGAAUUUCUAUGUUUCGGCCUAGUAUGGUUCUCAAUCAGAGGCAGGUGUCAUUAGUUGUCUCUGAUUGAGAAUCAUACUUAGGUGGCCUGGGUUUCACUGUGUGUUUGUGGGUGAUUGUUCCUGUCUCUGUGUGUUCACCAGAUAGGACUGUUUUGA